AGAAACUCCAACAUAACCCACCGUGUCAAUUCUUAAGCUUUUCCAAAUUGCUCCCUUUUGUCCCUAAAAGAAAACCGUCAAGUCAUUCGGACGUCCAAGUCAUGUGUUGGCGAACCUACCGCCGCUUCCGAUGCGGCCACAAGAGAUACGCAGCCCCUGAUUAUUGCCCCGAUGCGACUUAUAAUCGGCGUACCGCCAAGUACUCCAUGUGUUCAGGAGCUAGAUCUAUCACUGCCGUCGCCGACGAGAGCCUCUGCGACAAGCCAGAGUGUUAUCUCAGAGAUUUGAGAAGGAAUGGCUGGACUUGCUGCCAAUGCGGCGAGCAAGGGAACAGAAUGGAUGGCUGCAUAGGCCCCCCUGAAGGUGGAUCGGACUGUCCUCAUGUUCUCUGCCUUCAGUGCACUUAUUCGCAGAAUUGACCUCGUCAUCUCGCCCUUCUUAAAUCAGGAGCUUGGGACGGCAGCGACAGCGGCGCCGGGGAAACAGUUGACUCGCACGAUAUCCUUCACACGAUGUUCUUCGCUGGAAAUAAGAGAUGGAGAGGGAGGGAACAUCCAAGCAAUCCCUAUUGUUGUGCUCCACGUUAUGCUGGAUUAUUAAUGUCUCUGGACGCUGACCAGGCAUUGCUGCGGAUCGAUCAAAGAGUGGUCACAUCCUAAUCGGAAUUCCAUUUAGCAAUCAAUCAAGCCACACAUCACUGACU